AAAUUUUCAUGGAAGUGUCUUAGUAGCGAAGCCGUCUUAUGGGGUGCACUUGCAGCGAGUCCAGCUACCCAGUUUCUCCGCAUAAUAUCAUUCAUCAACCUUGCCCUCUGGCUCUUAGCUCUUGCGAUCCUAAUUUCUGUUUCUUUCACCUACAUGCUCAAAUGCAUAGUCUACUUUGAAGCUGUCAAGAGAGAGUACUUUCACCCUGUCCGUGUCAACUUUUUCUUUGCUCCAUGGGUUGUGUGCAUGUUCCUGGCCAUUAGUGUACCCGCUCUGCUAGCACCUGAAAAUUUGCAUCCUGCCCGCUGGUGCGCCUUCAUGGGACCUUACUUCUUCCUUGAGCUCAAGAUCUAUGGCCAAUGGCUAUCAGGUGGAAAGAGGCGUCUUUGCAAGGUAGCUAAUCCAUCUUCUCAUCUCUCUGUAGUUGGAAAUUUUGUUGGGGCAAUUUUAGCCUCUAGAGUUGGGUGGAAGGAGGCAGCUAAGUUCUUGUGGGCAGGGCAUUACCUUGUGGUAUUCGUCACAUUGUAUCAGAGAUUGCCAACAAGCGAACCAUUGGCUAAGGAGCUCCAUCCCGUGUACUCUAUGUUCAUUGCAGCCCCAUCUCCUGCAAGCAUUGCUUGGGAAACUAUAUAUGGUGAUUUUGAUGGGCUGUCUAGGAUACGUAUCAACUUUUUCACAGGGUUCGGUUUUUCAGAGGCAUGGUGGUCUUAUACCUUCCCCAUGACAACAGCAUCAAUGACAACAAUCAAGUACGCAAAGAAUGCCCCUGGAGUUCCAAGCGGGGGUCUUGCACUUAUGUCAUCAACAAUGGUGCUGGUAUUAUUUGUAUCCACCCUUCUGCACGCUUUUUUUUGGCAGACAUAAUUUCCCAGUGGUCUUGCCAUUGCCAUAACAAAGAGAAGACUAGUCAAGGAAAAGAAACCCCUCGAGGAAGCCAGUGAUAAAAGGCGAUGGACAAAGCAGGCUCUGAUCAAGCACAAUUCGGCAAACAUGGAUUUUAGUGGAGAGAAUGAAAUGGGUUGCUAAUUCCCAUGUAAACGUAAUGAAAUGGGCUCUUCUUCAAGCACAUUACCUCAACAUACGUUAACGCCAAAUCUAAUAUAAUUUGUAAAGGCUUUGAUCAUUGUUCAUUAUGUCAUAUGGAUUGUGAACCAAAAAUGAAAGAACUGCAAUUUAGAAA